UGUUGCAACGAAAAUUUUAAUUAAAAAAGCAGAAAAAAUGUUGGAGGAAAAACUAAUUAGAGAAAUUCAGCAAAACGAAUGUCUUUGGAAUAAAUAUAAUCCGGACUAUAAAAAUAAGCGAAAGAAGGAUAUCUGCUGGAGCUGUGUGUCAAAUAAUGUCGGCGAAUCUGUGGAGGCCUGUCGCAAGCGUUGGAAGUCUUUAAGAGAUCGUUUUGUAAUUGAAUUGAGCGCAAGAAGUAAAACGGGCGGUAAUGUGCAUACAAAGAAGGAAUGGCUAUUUUUUGAGCAACUAUUUUUUCUUACGGCCGGCAUGACACCAAAAGGUUCUCAAUCCGCACCAUUGCUCAACUCGCAACUGACACAUCAGCCUAAAUUGAAGAACCCCAGCGACAAAAGAGAAAAACAAAUUGAAACCCCCAGAUCCAACGCCCUAAAGGAUGCUAGUGUUGCUUUGGGCUCUGAUGCACAGCGGUAUGCAAAUUUGGAUGAAACUUUUCGCACACUCGUGGAGAAUUAUUUGAAUUUUGUAAACACCUACAAACAGUCCGCUGAUCCGUUCCUGGCUGUUAUACAAGAAUUUUUCGACAAAGUGCCACAACACCGGCGAACAGCAUUCAAAAUGGAAAUACUCAACUACACCUACAAAAUGUACAUGGAAAUGAAGGAUUGAGCAAUAAAAAUAAGCGCGACUUUUUAAACGUGGCUUUCAACACAUCU